UGUGUUUGUCUUGAAUUUUUGAGUCACCUUUUUGCCUUGUUUACAUUUAAUGUAAUUUCUACAAGAUUAAUCUAAAUUAAUUUUAUUUCCGACUUAAGUGGCAUAAUGUUUCUUUGUUGCUUACCAAGUGCAACAUUAAUUUAAGCUGUUAUCGUCCUAAAGUAAUUUCCUGAUAAGACAACAAUUAACAUAUUAAAAUGACCGAACGUCGUGGCACGCAAGGCACAAAAGCCCUGGAGUACUGGUGCCGAGUUAUAACCCAAGGAUAUAAUGGAGUUAAGAUCGAGAAUAUGACGACUUCGUGGCGAAACGGGCUCGCCUUUUGCGCAAUUAUACAUCACUUUCGACCGGAUCUUAUAGAUUUCGAUCAAUUGAAGGCUGCUGAUAUCUAUGAAAACAACGAUUUGGCCUUUACUACGGCCGAGAAGUACUUAGGAAUUCCCGCUUUGCUGGAUGCAGCUGAUAUGGUUUCGUAUGAAGUACCCGACAGACUAUCCAUACUAACAUAUUUGUCCCAGUUUUACAAGGUGCUCGGCAAGAGCCUCAAAAUUCCUAAGCCGGAAGAAUCGUUUCCCGAUGAAAGUGAGCCGCCACAAAAGAUUAUGCAUAUUGUUGGAAUGCCACGGCGUGAUAAGUGCCAGAAAUGUGAACUCCCGGUUUUUCUGGCUGAAAGAGUUCUUGUGGGAAAACGGGCUUAUCAUCGCACUUGUUUAAAAUGUGCACGAUGUGGUUCAUUACUCACACCAGGCAGUUUUUAUGAAACCGAGGUUAAUAAUAUAUAUUGUUGCGAGACUUGCCCCGAUGAAGAAAGCGAAACUGAAUCAGAAAUUGUAGAACUGAAGACAUCCAAUAUUGACCCUGCUAUUGGUCAAAUACUUGUGGCUGCAAGUCCUGACCAUUUCAACGAUUAUAAAAACAAGGAAGACCUGGAAGACAAUAACAAGCCUUUAAGUACAACUGAGAACCCAUUAGUCACUGAAACGCCGUCCAACUUAGAUAAAGAAAAUGAAGUUGUAAUUGAAAAAACAAUACCUUCUGAACUAAAUGAAGACGAUAGAGCAACAAGAUCAAUACAACCUGAAAAUAAUAAACCAAUAAGUUCUGAACAAAAGGAAAAUGAAAAACCAAUAAUUACUGAACAAACUAUAGAUCCAACUAAUGAUUCUGUAAAUCCUGAUUUACGACAGAAACCCAAUACUUGUACAGUUGCAUUAGACGAAGAAGAUGGCAUUCUUUCUGAAGAAGCCACGACUUUAACCACUGUCGAAAAAUUAAAUGAACCAGAAGACACAAGCUCAACGUCAGAAUUACCUAUUCCAGAACUACCGCUAUCACCAAUCCCAGAACUACCGCUAUCACCAAUUCCAGAACCACCGCUAUCACCAAUUCCAGAAAGUAACACUCAAGAAGAUAUCAAAACUGAACAUAAUAUUAACUGUAAUACAGAAAAUGAAAUUUUCUCUAAAACAGAAAGCUGCUCUAAGCAGGAAGAAUAUAUCUUUAAACAAAAGGAUCUCGAGACUCCCAAGGAGACCAUAGAGACAAAAGAAACUGAAACUCACUAUCCAGAGGAUUUAAAUCCUUUUAAAGACGAUGAUGAUUCAAGUAAGGGUGCUAAUCCUUUCGACAGCUCCGACGAUGAAGUUGAGCUUUUAAAAACCAUUCCACACCAAGAAGGCAAAGGAAGCAUUCUGAAAAGAGAUAAGGUCGUACCGCCCCGUCCACCUCCACCCAAAAUAGGCCUAGCCGUAUCUAAACCAUCAGAAGAUCAACAUUCCAGCCCUACCCUUUCUCAAGGGAAAAAAUUGCCGAUGCCUACACCCAGAAUAUCUAUAUCAAAACCCGCAACUGCAGCAAACUCAAUGACUCAUCAAGACCAGAAAAAUAACUUUAAUAUUUCCUCUUCAUCUACGGAGCACUUAGACAGCUCGAGACCUUUCGACCGUGGUGCAGAUGACCGUGGCUCAAGCGUCUCUUUGCCAUCUAGUAUUGCGCCUCGAAAGCCACUUCGUGCCUCAGGAGCGACUCCAUUAAAAAGCGAGGAUCUAAGUCCAACGACCAGCCUUAGUUCAAUUACAUCACCUACGCGGAAGAAGCGCCAAGCACCUUUGCCUCCAAAACAGGUCGACUUUGAGAGUGAACCAGGAUUUUCCAAAUUAUCUGAUGAACAAAAGGCUUUGUUGCAUAAUCAGCACAAGACCUAUAAUCAGAGUGAUUCCACCAGAAGAUUAAUACCACUCGACCAGAGCUUACUCUCUGAUGAAACAACAGAAUCGAGCAACUACGAGGACAGCUUAAACACUUCAAAUGUUGACGAAGAGGUAAAUAUAGUAUAUCGUCGCAUUUUGGUUCCCCCCACUCAGCCCGAAAACAAGGAGGAUAAAAAGACCCCGAUCGUUUAUAACGACUUUGAUAGAAACGUAAGUCCUUUGGGUUACAAUAAAUCAACCCAUGGUAAAUGGAAACGUAGGAAAGGUCCAGCUCCAGCGGUUCCUAUACCACCCCGAAAAGUUUUACAAAGGCUUCCGCUGCAAGAAAUUCGACAUGAAUUUGAAAUUAUUGCCGUACAACAGUUAGGCCUCGAGAAACAAGGGGUUAUACUGGAAAAAAUGAUACGAGAUCGUUGUGAGCGCUCUUUAGAUGCAAGGGAAAAUACAAACGAGGAACCAGGUGCAUCAACAACCGAUGGUUCCGAAUCUACAGACUCGCAGAUAACAAACUCCAAGGAAGUAGAGGAUCUUAUAUUGCAACUUUUUGAGCUGGUGAACGAAAAAAAUGAAUUGUUCCGCAGACAAGCGGAGUUGAUGUAUCUUCGACGGCAGCACCGUUUGGAACAGGAACAGGCUGACAUUGAACACGAAAUUCGAGUAUUAAUGGGUCAACCGGAGCACAACAAAACUGACUCGGAUAAAGCCCACGAAGAAGUAUUAAUCAAUCGCCUCGUUAAGGUUGUUGAGAUGCGCAACGAAGUAAUUGAUAGUCUAGAGACUGAUAGAGUUCGCGAGGCGCGAGAAGAUAUGAGCAUUAAGAACCGACUACAUAUUUACAAUUCAGAGCGCGAGGAACCAGCAAUUCUGAAAAGCGCAGAUAAGUCAUCCAAAAAAUUGUCAAAGAAGGAACGAAAGAAACUUAAGGAAGAAAAUAAAUUGGGCAGAGGGAAAAAAUCGGACCUAGAUAAGGAUGUAGACGAGUCUGAACCAGCACCUGUUUUGGAAAAGGGAAAAAAGAAACGAAACUUGUUUUUUUUGAAAAUGUGAACAAAGUAGGGCACCCUUUUGUAUGUGUCGAACAAUUAUCUUUAUUUUUAUAAAUUUAUAACUUAUUAAGUUUUUCUAUUGCCAUAGAUGAGCAUUUCAAUAAAUACAAGAUCAAAAUA